CUAAAACAUUACCCGGGAUACUACACCGCGCUUCCGGCGACGGAUGUGGACCCGCAAGCUCUGGGCCUAAGCGUCAUGGCACCUAAAUCGCUUGCCGCCAGCGUCAGCCAUAACUGCCGUCUGAAGCUUAAACUUUUUAACAAGGAGGUUGACGAACAACACACCCGCUUCAUCAGCGGUGAGCGCACGGUGGAGGAGGAUGCCUGCCUUCCGCCGGGCAGCAUCACCCUGACCACGUACCCCACACUGGGCGCGAGGUUCCAGGUGAACCUCAGUGGCUGGUGCAACUGUCAAGAGGUCAAGGACAUAAUCGUCGAGUUCCUGGAAGCCAUGCAUGGCGUCAGAGUCAAGAAGUUUCCGCAGUACAAGGCCAAGCUGGCUGCCAUGGCUAGCCUGGACGAGGACAGCCCCAUCACCUCCCUGCCUACCAACAAGUUCAUCCGGUUCUGGGCUAGGAGGGGUGCGCAGCUCGUACUCUCCGCCCUACGAGAGUACCAGAGCGAGGGUGGUGCAGCUGUGAACGGGGAGGGCGGGGAGGGCGGGGAGGGCCAGGGCGACAGCGAGGGUGGAGGCACGGAGGUUGGCGAGGGCGAGGGUGAGGGUGGUGGGGCUGGCGGAGGCGGAGAAGACGGCGACAGCGGUGAGGGCACCAGCCCAGGCGCCAAGCUGCCACUGCGUCUAGGGGGCUUGGUCUCCAGCUUGCUCUGCAACAAGGGGCGCCUGGAACGGGGCGAGUGGAAGACGUGGCAGUACUCCGGCGGGGGCUGCAAGUGCGGCGGCUCCUGCCACGCUGCCCGGGUGUACCUCAGGUGGCCGGAUGGCCUGCCCCUGGUGUGCUAUGCCAGUGGGCACGUGCACGGCACCGUCGCGAUCCACACGGCCGUGGUUGAGUGGGCGUGUAAUCACGACCCCGCCUUCAAGGCGGACUACGAGAGGGCGGUGGCCGAGCGUGAAGAAGCGGCCAAGCAGAGGAAGGAGGGUGGAAUGCAGGCGGCUGGAGCUCGGGACAUGCGGCAGGCAACUGCACGCGGAGUGACGGCUGCCAGUGAUGAGGACAACAACAUCGAGCUGGGCACAGAGGCGCCGCAGCGCGGGAACAAGCAGCCCAAGCCUGGCAGCA